AUGAUGGCAAGGAGUAACGGCCUGCAGCUGCCUGGCCCCUGCCCACCCCUACCAACCAGAGCCAGGACUGAUGCACAGAGCACAGGGCUUGGCACGAGCAGGACCUACUCGACCCAAGAUGAGACCUUGGAGCUGCACAGAGGAACUCCUGCAUAUGGGGAGGAGCAGCCAGCUGCCCCUCCUUUCCAAGGCAGACGAGCCCUGGCCAGGAUUGUCAGGCUUGUGCUGGUGCUGCGGGACUGGGCCAGCAAGAGCUUGCAGGAGGAGCAGCAGAGGCCAGACCCCUUCCUUGAACGCUUCCAGGGCCCUGAGCUGCAGACAGUGCCUGCUGAUGCCAGCAGUGAUCCAGAGGAUGAGGAGGCCGAGGAGAAAACCAAAAAGAAGAAAUGGCAGUCCUUUGUGGUGGACCCUGCAGGGGACUGGUAUUACCGCUGGCUGGCCGUCAUUGCUGUUCCUGUUCUCUACAACUGGUGCUUGCUUGUGGCCAGGGCUUGCUUCAGUGACCUGCAGAAGACUUAUGUUGUCCUCUGGCUGGUGCUAGAUUACAUCUCAGACUGCAUCUACACUGGGGACAUAGUGAUCCGCCUGCGCACAGGUUUCUUGGAACAGGGCCUCCUGGUUAAGGACCUGAAGAAAUUACGGGAUAACUACAUCUACACCUUGCAGUUCAAGCUGGAUGUUCUCUCCAUCCUGCCCACAGACCUGGUGUACUUUGCUGUGGGAUUGCACCGCCCUGAGCUGAGAUUCAACAGGCUGCUGCACUUCUCCCGCAUGUUUGAGUUCUUUGACAGGACAGAGACCAGAACCAGCUACCCCAACAUCUUCCGUAUCGGCAACUUGGUUCUUUAUAUCCUGGUGAUCAUCCAUUGGAAUGCAUGCAUUUACUAUGCCAUCUCCAAGGCCAUAGGCUUUGGAGAAGAUACCUGGGUCUAUCCCAAUGUCACAGACCCUGAAUACGGGUAUCUCACCCGGGAGUAUGUCUACUGUCUCUACUGGUCUACCCUGACUUUGACUACCAUUGGAGAGACCCCUCCUCCCGUGCGCGAUGAAGAAUACCUCUUUGUGAUCUUUGAUUUCCUCAUCGGUGUCCUCAUCUUUGCCACCAUUGUGGGGAAUGUAGGGUCCAUGAUAUCCAACAUGAAUGCCACCAGAGCAGAGUUCCAGGCAAAAAUCGAUGCCAUUAAACACUACAUGCAGUUCCGCAAGGUGAGCAAGGACAUGGAAACCAAAGUCAUCAAGUGGUUUGAUUACCUGUGGACCAACAAGAAGGCAGUAGAUGAACGGGAAGUUCUCAAGAGUCUUCCUGAUAAACUAAGGGCAGAGAUUGCCAUCAAUGUUCACCUGGAGACACUGAAGAAGGUGAGGAUUUUCCAGGACUGUGAGGCAGGUCUACUGGUGGAGCUGGUGCUGAAGCUUCGCCCUCAGGUGUUCAGCCCAGGGGAUUACAUUUGCCGCAAGGGAGAUAUUGGAAAAGAGAUGUACAUCAUCAAGGAGGGGAAGCUGGCCGUGGUGGCAGAUGAUGGAAUAACGCAAUAUGCUUUGCUCACUGCAGGCGGCUGCUUUGGUGAGAUCAGCAUCCUGAACAUUAAAGGGAGCAAAAUGGGCAACCGGCGCACAGCCAACAUCCGUAGCUUGGGCUACUCUGAUCUUUUCUGCCUGUCAAAGGAAGAUCUAAUGGAAGCGGUCACAGAGUAUCCUGAUGCCAAAAUGGUCUUGGAGGAACGUGGCCGGGAGAUCCUUAGCAAGGAAGGCCUGCUGGAUGAGUCAGCUGAAGAAGAAAGCAUGGAAGGGAAGAGUGUGGAAGAAAAGCUGGAGAGACUGACCUUGAACCUGGACACACUUCACACUCGCCUUGGAAGGCUCCUGACAGAGUACAAUGAUGCCCAGAUGAAGCUCAAGCAGCGCAUUAGUGUCCUGGAGUCCCAAAUGAGGCAGCAGGAUCUGGAAGACUUCUUCUCAGAUAGUUCAGACAGUCUGUCUGAGGUUGAAGGUGAAGCUACACCUACUGGGUCGCAAUGAAAGCGUGCAGAUCUCAGCUAGAUGAUGUCUUGCCUUGUGUUGAGGCAGUUUUCCCGUGGGAGCACCUUCGACUGCCUUGAUAGGACUUCUCACAUGUUCUUAGCAUUGCCACUGAGUGGCAGCUCCUGAGAUGGCUCAAAAUCA